CCCCUUCCUGGGGGAGUUUCCUGCCUGUCAGCCCUCCCCGGCUCUCCCCGCCCCCUCUUAGGGCCGCUCCUUGUAAGGUUUGGGCUCCGCGCUCUCCCCGCCCCCUCUCUCCCUCCCUUUUUCCUGCGUCCCUCCCCGCCUGACUGGAGACUGUUCCGGACCCGGUCGCACAGUCCGCGAACGCGGCCCGGAGCAGACGCGGCGCGCACGCUCCGGCCGGUGCGCGUCCCGGCCAUGGCGGCCCCCCGCCCGCCCCCCGCGAUCUCUGUCUCGGCUCCGGCUUUCUACGCCCCGCAGAAGAAGUUCGCCCCGGUGGUAGCCCCAAAGCCCAAAGUGAAUCCUUUCCGGCUUGGGGACAGCGAGCCUCCCGGGGCAGCCGGGGCCCAGCGCGCACAGAUAGGCCGGGUGGGCGAGAUUCCCCCGCCGCCCCCUGAAGACUUUCCCUUGCCCCCGCCUCCGGUGCUUGGGGAUGGCCACUACGCGGAGGGAGCCCUGGGAGGUGCCUUCCCACCCCCGCCGCCUCCUGUUGAGGAGCCGUUUCCCCCUGCACCCCUGGAGGAGGACAUCUUCCCCUCCCCACCGCCCCCGCUGGAGGAGGAGGGUGGGCCUGAGGCCCCCACCCCCCUCCCACCUCAGCCCAGGGAGAAGGUUAGCAGUAUUGACCUGGAGAUUGACUCUCUGUCUUCCCUGCUGGAUGACAUGACCAAGAACGACCCCUUCAAAGCCCGGGUGUCCUCUGGGUAUGUUCCCCAGCCUGCUGCCACUCCAUUCAUUCCCAAGACCAGUCCUAAGCCUGCAGCUGGGGGAACAGCACUGCUGCCUCCCUGGAAGGUGCCUUCUAGUGCCCAGCCUGGGCCCCAGACUCAACCUCAGAGCCAGACACUGUUCCAGGUCCAGCCCAAGCCCCAGGUCCAGCUUCACGUCCAGCCCCAGGCCAAGCCCCAGGCCCAGCCUGUAUCUUCCGCUAACACCCAGCCCUGGGGUCCUCCAGCUCCUGCUCCAGCCCCGAAAUUUUCUCCAGUGGCACCCAAGUUUACUCCCACGGCUUCCAAGUUCAGCCCUGGGGCCCCAGGUGGACCUGGGUCACAGCCCAGUCAAAAACUGGGGUCUCCCGAAGCUCCCUCCCACACUGGCACAGGCUCCCCUCAGCCCCCCAGCUUCACCUAUGUGCAGCAGAAGGAGAAGCCCCCAGUUCAGGAGAAGCAGCACCCAGCGCCCCAUCCGACCCAAAACCAAAGCCAGGUGCGCUCUCCUGAGGCUCCAGGACCCCUGACUCUGAAGGAAGUAGAGGAGCUGGAGCAGCUGACCCAGCAGCUGAUGCAGGACAUGGAACAACCUCAGAGGCAGAAUGUGGCUGUGAACGAGUCCUGUGGCCGGUGCCAUCAGCCACUUGCACGAGCGCAGCCUGCAGUCCGAGCCCUGGGGCAGCUGUUCCACAUCACCUGCUUUACCUGCCACCAGUGCGAGCAGCAGCUGCAAGGACAGCAGUUCUACAGCCUGGAGGGGGCACCGUACUGUGAGGGCUGCUACACUGACACCCUGGAAAAGUGCCACACCUGUGGACAGCCCAUCACGGACCGCAUGCUGAGAGCCACGGGCAAAGCCUACCACCCGCACUGCUUCACCUGUGUGGUCUGCGCCUGCCCCCUGGAGGGUACCUCCUUCAUCGUGGACCAGGCCAACAGGCCCCACUGCGUCCCUGACUAUCACAAGCAGUAUGCCCCACGGUGCUCUGUUUGCGCGGAGCCCAUUAUGCCGGAGCCUGGCCGAGAUGAGACUGUGCGAGUGGUUGCUCUGGACAAGAAUUUCCACAUGAAGUGUUACAAGUGUGAGGAGAGGCACAAUGGCUGGGAAGACACACGUGACCAGGACUCCAGCUCUGAGCCCUCCGGAGCGAGUGGCCUUUGCAACUCAGAUGGAGCCCCAGCACAGAAGGGUAGAGCAGGGACCUUCUGGGCCAGUGAACCUCUUACCCUCCCUUCUCCCCAGGACUGUGGGAAGCCUUUGUCCAUCGAGGCGGACGACAAUGGCUGCUUCCCCUUGGAUGGCCAUGUGCUUUGUCGGAAGUGCCAUACAGCAAGAGCCCAGACCUGAGUGAGGGCUCUUUCCAGACCACAGGUCCUCUCCUGGUCACAGACCACCCACACUGAGACCAGUCCUCACCUCUACCCACCCUGCCUUCCUCCAUUCCAAAACCCUCCCUGGUAUCUCAAGUACCCCGACCCAUGGCCCCAGCAUGGCCCACCCGGCCUGCAGGGAUCGCCCACCCACCAUCCUCCAGGUCCCCACCCGAGGGGGCACCAGUUUAGUGCUGCUGCUUUCACUGCACGACAAUGCCCUUGGCUGGCCCCUGAGCAGCCUCCGUACUCUGCUUGCUGAGGGUCAGGAGAUGCCUUGACCCUCUGGGACCCUGGACACCCACCCUGCCCGCACCGCCGGGUUGUGGCUAUAGCUACAGAUUAAAAAACCUUGUUUUCCAGAAUUU